GUCGCCCGCCCCUCAGGGCGGCGCUGAGGCGUGCGGGGUUCUCGUCAGACCCCGCCGCUUGUCUCUUCCCUCCCCAGCGAGAGCGCUCGGGCGGUUUGUGUGUCCUCAUCGAGCAAUUAUUAUCCUGGUUACGAGUCAGUGCUUCAUGUGUCAGAAUUCUUCGUGUUGAACUUUGAUUAAAGUAGUGCUUCUAAGAUGUCCAGUACAGAUUCCCUAACAAAUACAGAUAAAAAGACUAUUAUGGGCCCUCAUGGAAUCAAUCGAGCUGUUCACCGCAUUUCUUUUUCUGAUUGUCAGAAUGGAUUAGGAGUUAAAAUUAUUGGAGGUUAUCGGGCCCAAACAGCAGAAGAUUAUGGGAUUUUCAUCAAGAGAAUUCUACCUGGGGGCGUUGCUGCUGUAGAUAGCCGUUUGCUCACUGGGGACCUAAUUUUGGAUGUCAAUGGAGAAAACUUAAUUGGAGUAACAAAUGAAAAGGCAGUUGACAUCCUGAGAACAGCAUCAGCAUCAAAUCACAUGUCUCUGCUGGUUGCCAGAGAUGAAGAAGCAAAGAAAGAAUUUCAUGACCUCAUGGAUAAAUAUGGCUCUCACAGUGGCACCAGUUCUUCAAGAAGUUCUCCAACACCACUACCAGCUGCAAAAUCUACAGACAGCUCUUCUUCUGCCUCUUCCUCAAGGUCACAGAGUCCUCAGUUGCAUCCAAAGGAUAAUAUCAUGACCAUCAGCAGAAACAAUUCUGUCCCAGCACCAUCCCCAAAGCUUGCAAAGGAUAGUGCAUUUCAGAUAAUCUCUGUUUGCAAAGGAACAAGCCUAGGUUUGAAUAUUGUAGGAGGAAUUAACAGAAAUGAAGGGCCUUUGGUAUAUAUUCAAGACAUUAUCCCUGGUGGUGACUGUGAUAAGGAUGGACGACUGAAGCCUGGAGACCAACUUGUAUCCAUAAACAAAGAGUCAAUGAUUGGUGUCUCCUAUGAAGAGGCAAAAAGUAUAAUCAACAGAACAGCAACAAGGUUUGAAAGCUUUUGGGAGAUAGCUUUUAUUAGACAAAAAAAUUCUCCCAGUUAUUCAGAGAAUCUGCAACGUCCUGUCAGUCUCUUAAGGUCUCCUGUGGCACAUGGAGAACAACAGGCUGCAGUACUUAGUCCUCUUGCAUCUCCUAAUGGGAAGCUUGUUUCAGUGUACACUCCAAGUGCUAUGGAAACUGGAGUCAAGAUGGGAGAGCCAUCUCCAACUCUAGAUAGCAGUGCUGCUGAUGUGUCUGCCAAUGCUAUUGCCUCCAGCCAGAGUGAUGAUUAUGAGCUGCAAGGAAAGAACUCCACUAUUUGUCUCAAAGCAGAAAAGCUGGAGAGGGCAUUGAAUUAUCUUGGGAUUCAGCCCACAGAUGAACAGCAGCAAGCCCUAAGGCAACAACUUCAGAAAGAUUCUAAAGGAACAGUGUCUUUUGAAGAUUUUGUUGAAGUUUCAAGGCAUCUGUUCUCUAUGCAAUUGAAUUCAACAGAUGGUGACCAAAAAUCUGCAAGGUUUGGGAUCAAGGAAAUUGCCAGUUUCCUGGAUUCACAGUUUGUAACCUGUGAUUCUUCGGAGAAUGACAUGGAAAGACUUGAGAAAGAAAGAAAUGAAGCUUUAAAAGAAAUGAGUAAAUUAAAGGAAAAAUUGUCUGAAUCUGUGAAUUUACAGAAACAGCUAACAGAGGAGCUACAAAUAGUCAAGCAAGAAGCCAAGGCAGCUGUAGAAGAGACAAGAGCCCUACGAAGCAGGAUUCAUCUUGCAGAAGCUGCUCAAAGGCAGGCUCGUGGAAUGGAGAUGGACUAUGAAGAAGUAAUUCGUCUGUUAGAAGCUGAAAUUGUGGAGCUGAAGGCUCAGCUCACAGAUCAUUCUGGCCAAAAUAAAGAUAACAUCCAGGACUUGAGAAAAAGAGUUACAGUGCUGGACUGCCAGCUGAGGAAAUCAGAAUCAGCUCGGAAGACCUUUGAGGUUGCUACUGAGAAACUGCUACAGUUUGUAGAGGUUGUGCAUGAAAUACUUUCAGAUAACUCUGCUUCCUCGACAGUUUUAAGUGACAGAAGAACAACAUUGUCUACUAAAGCACUUCUUGCACGGUUGGGAAGGAUUGGACCAACUGCCACAACAGCUCUUGCAGCAGAAGCCAGAGACCUUGCCAAGUCUGUCCGUGCCAUUUUGGAAGUAGAUUGUCUGCCUUAUGGAUGGGAAGAAGCUUAUACAGCAGAUGGAAUCAAAUACUUCAUCAACCACGUGACACAGACGACGUCCUGGAUCCAUCCCGUAACGAGUGCCCUAAGCUUGCUUUGCUCUGAGGAUGAUGAGGAUGGAAUAAGAGAACUUCCCGGGUCCAAGAGCUGAGGAUGGCUGUUGGCAGAAAGUAGUUUGUCUAGUUUCUGUAGGUUAGUCAGAAAUGCACACUUCUUAAUCUACAUACUUCUGAUGUCUAAAGACCUGCUGACUUUUCUCCCCUUCAAGUCAGAGGAAGUUCUACCAGCCUUUUAGGUGGGUUUAUAGAUGCUACAAAAGAUGCAGGUGUUACAGAAGUCUCCCUUCAGUCCUUAAUCUGUCCUGAUUCAGUGUGUAGGGAUCAAACAAUCUUAGUGCUCAAUCCAGUCUUUUCAUGACUUCUCUACUGGCAUAACUCCACUGACCUGAAGUGAAUUUUUCACAGCUUUGACCAGCAUGAGAGUUAAGAUUGAGCCAUUGGUUUUAAUUUCACAUUCCAGGCAGUGAUUGAUGGAAAGAUGCAAGGUGAGCUUUUUUCCUUCUUUUAACAUAAUGUAGAUACCUUUUAACUACUGAAAAUUUUUAUUUUUGUGGAAAUCUAGCAAUUUAUUAGGGCCCUGAUGACUUUUAAAAUAAAUACUUACUAAGAUUGG